CGUUUCCCAUGAUCACCCGCUCGCUGGAUAACUACACAGGGCAACAUGGCGGGAUUCGCAGCGUUCAUGAAGAAUGCAUGGAAUAAGGAGCCUGUUAUCCUGGUCUCCUGUGCUAUUGGAGUAAUAGGUUUUGCUCUUCCAUUUAUCAGCCCCUUCACAAAGUAUUCAGGAAUGAUCAAUUCAGCUGUACCUUACAACUACCCAGUCCCUGUGCGAGAUGAUGGAAACAUGCCUGAUGUCCCCACCCAUCCAUGCGACCCAAAAGGCAACAAUUUGGAGUGGCUUAAAAAGCUAUAACUUCACAUUCUAGCAGUCAAUGCUUGUGUUGUUCCUGUUGUUCAUAUGUGUCUGCAUAUCUGCCCCACUUGUCCCACAAUAAAGAUUGUCUAUUUAAUUCUA